CACCAGAGUAGUACACUACUGCUGCUACUCAAAUCACUAGUAUUCUUCCACCAUACUUCCAAUCACUGUUGCCAGAGAAGCCAUGGAUUGCGACAAGAGCUUUGCGUCUCGUCACAUGCUCUUGAAGCCUGAUGAUAUGAAAGUAUCUCAUUUGUUUAACCUCUUGAUCGACGGGGACAUGACGAAUAAGAGCUUUGUCGAAAGCUCCGAGCCUAGAGUUGAAAACAUUAUGCACCGACGAGCAUGAUACAAUUGUAGUAACAUUUAGAGGCACCGAGCCUUUCAGUGCGGAUGAUUGGAGUACUGAUGCUGAUCUUUCUUGGUACGAGCUACCAGAUGUUGGCAAAAUCCAUGGUGGAUUUAUGAAAGCUCUAGGUUUACAAAAGAAUGUUGGUUGGCCUGAGAAUGUGGUUCCUAAUGACAAGCGCACGGCGCCCUUAGCAUAUUACACAAUUAGAGACAUCCUCAAAGAACACUUAACUCAUAAUGAUCAAGUAAAGUUUAUACUAACAGGUCAUAGUUUAGGUGGUGCACUAGCAAUUCUAUUCCCAGCAAUUUUAUUUUUACAUGAAGAGACGGAGAUAUUAAAGAGAUUAGUUGGGAUUUAUACAUUUGGGCAACCUAGAGUUGGUGGAGAGGAUUUUGGAGAGUACAUGCUGAACAAAUUGAAAGAAUACAACAUUGAAUAUUUCAGAUUUGUUUACAACAAUGAUAUUGUGCCUAGGUUGCCAUAUGAUGACACUGCUUUCAUGUUCAAGCACUUUGGAGUUUGCCUCUUCUAUGAUAAUCAUUAUGAAGUAAAGGUUGUUGAUGAAGAACCAAACAAGAAUUAUUUUUCACUAUUUAAAAUAAUACCCAUGAGGAUUAGUGCCAUUUACGAGCUUAUAAGAAGCUUCACAAUAGCAAAAACGAAGGGGCCACGCUUUAAAGAAGGAAAACUGUUAAGACUUUUUAGGUUAUUUGGAUUGCUAGCUCCGGGAGUACCAAAUCAUUUUCCUCAAGAUUAUGUUAAUUCUACUCUGUUAUCACCGCCUGGUGUUUUCUCUCCACACCAAGACAAAUCAAAAUGGUGGGACAAAUUAAAGUUUUAAGGGAUUAUGAAGAGUGAUUGUAAUAUAAUAUGUAACUUAUUUGUUCAUGUUUAUGUUCAAAUGACUUGAAGCAUGCACUAUUUUUCUUACUUUAGUUAUUGUGAUUUGGAAUAAUUAUGAAGCUUUCAUGUA